AUGAAUCCCGCCUUUGAAAAGCCCUCUCAUGGUGUGGAGAGCCAGGCCACCGAAGUUUUGAUGCCGGGAGAUCUUCGAUUCCAACAGUCACCGCAGCCUACUGGCGCCGCCCAAGUAAUGGCUCCGACUCCCGUGCUGCAACAGACGCCGCAGCAAGAGUACACCGAGAAGGUUUUCCCAGCGCCCCAGCAGCCCGGCUAUCGCUCUGCAUCAGGCCAGUUCCGCCAGGCCGUGGCCAUCCCCAAUCUUGGCAUGUCGCCUGCGCCGGUCGACUGUCCGGCCUGCGGCCAACGGGCCAUGACCAACGUCAGUUACCACACAGGCAACACCACGCAUGUCUGGGCCGGCGUCGCUUGCUGCCUGACCGGUCUCCUCUGCUUCAUUCCCUACCUGAUGAACUCGCUCAAGGACGUCCAACACCGCUGUGGGAGCUGCGGCGUGUUGUUGGCCACAUGGCACAAGAGCGGCGUGGUCGAGGUCCACAUGCACGGUUGA